AUCAUACGCAUUAAAAGAUAAGAAAUGGUCGAUUUUUAAGUACUCCCAUUUCUCGAAUAUUUGUUUAAAAAAGUCCACAGCCUGCCUAAACUGUAAAAUAGUAGUUUCACUUCAAUAAAAAUUCAUAAAAAGAAAAUAUGAAUAUCCAAUUCGAUGGUAAAAGAGCUCUAGUUACCGGAGCAGGAAAAGGUAUUGGAAAAGCAGUGACUAUUAGGCUGGCUGAAUGUGGAGCUGAAGUUGUCGCUGUCAGCCGCACGCAAUCAGAUUUAGAUGAAUUAAAAACAAUUAGCAAGAAUAUAAAAACGGUUUUCUUGGACAUUGGAAAUUGGGAAUCUACAAAAUCUGUUAUUGAGAGUGUCGGACCUAUUGACUUGUUGGUAAAUAAUGCCGCUGUUGUGAAACCCCUUGAUUUUGGCAACAUGACAGAGCAGGACAUUGACGAGACCUACAACAUCAAUUUAAAGGCAAUCAUAAAUAUUACUCAAAUUGUUGCCAAUGGCAUGAAAGAGCGAGGAAAGGGAGGAUCCAUUGUAAAUGUAUCAAGCAUAGGAAGUUUUCAAUGUACUCCUUCUAUAGGAAUAUAUGCCUCGAGCAAAGCUGCUGUAGAUCAACUAACAAGAUGUAUGGCAACAGAGUAUGGACCUCACAAUAUCAGAGUGAAUUCUGUUAAUCCUACUGCUAUACGCACAAACAUGGCGGCUGAAGCAUUUGAAGAAGGUAAUGAAGCUGGAAUGAAAAUGGCAGAAAGGACACCUCUGAAAAGAUUAGGAGAGGUUGAUGAUGUAGCCUAUCCUAUCUUAUUUUUAUUGAGUGACUAUGCAUCUUUAAUUUCGGGAAUUAUAAUGCCUAUUGAUGGAGGUAUCACAAAUCUUUUCUAGGAAUGUUUUCUUUCAAGAACAUCAAAUCUGAAAAUAAGAAUGUAUGUUGCUUGUCAUUUAAAACUAACCCUAAAUCCAUGUAAAAAAACCAUUUAUUAUUUUUUUAAAAAAUAAAACAUGUGAUAAAAAUA